GCUGGCCCUCCAGCUGUUUGUAGGCCUGGGAGUGAGGGUCCGCGGAAGGCAGUCCCGGCUGCCCGCCCGACGCUGCGGUCGCCGGCUCCGGCGGUCCGCGCACUCCCUCUGGGGCCGGCAGUCGGGUGGGCCGCUCCGGAGCGGCAGCCCGCGCUCCUGACUGACAGGCGCUGCUCCCCACAGCUCGCGCUCCCCGCCACGUCCCCGGUCUCGGCCGACGGUACUGCCUGGCUAGUGACCUUUCCGAGCCCGGCUCAAUGACGGCUCCCUGCCCCCGGCUGGCGCCGCUUCCUGAGCGCCGCGGACUCCGGCCGUUCCCGCUGCCGCCGCCGCUGUGGCUGCUACUGCUGCUGCUGGCGGCCGCCGGGCCGGCGCGCGGCUGGGAGAGCGGAGACCUGGAGUUGUUUGACUUGGUGGAGGAGGUGCAGCUCAACUUCUACCAGUUCCUCGGGGUACAGCAGGAUGCUUCAUCUGCAGACAUCAGAAAAGCAUAUCGUAAGCUUUCACUAACUUUACAUCCAGACAAGAAUAAAGAUGAAAAUGCAGAAACUCAAUUUAGACAAUUGGUGGCCAUUUACGAAGUUUUAAAGGAUGAUGAAAGAAGGCAGAGGUAUGAUGAUAUUCUGAUCAAUGGACUUCCAGAUUGGCGACAGCCUGUAUUCUACUACAGGCGGGUGAGAAAAAUGAGCAAUGCUGAGCUGGCAUUGCUCUUGUUCAUUAUUCUCACAGUGGGUCACUAUGCUGUGGUUUGGUCAAUCUACCUGGAAAAACAACUGGACAAACUGCUUAGUAGAAAAAGGAGAGAAAAGAAAAAAAAGACUGGCGGCAAGAAUGUGGAUGUAUUAAAACUUGGUGCUCCUGAAAAAAAUGAAAGAUUGCUGAUGAAGCCACAGUGGCAUGAUUUGCUUCCAUGUAAGCUGGGAAUUUGGUUUUGCCUUACCCUAAAAGCGUUGCCUCAUCUAAUUCAGGAUGCUGGGCAGUUUUAUGCUAAAUAUAAAGAAACGAGAUUGAAAGAAAAGGAAGAUGCACUGACUAAAACUGAACUUGAAAUACUUCAAAAACAGAAGAAAGUUAAAGUUAAAAAGCCAAAACCUGAAUUUCCUGUAUACACACCUUUAGAAAGUACCUAUAUUCAAUCUUAUGAUCAUGCAACUUCUAUAGAAGAAAUUGAGGAACAAAUGGAUGAUUGGCUGGAAAACAGGAACAGAACACAGAAAAAACAGGCACCCGAAUGGACAGAAGAGGACCUUAGCCAGCUGACAAGAAGUAUGGUUAAGUUCCCAGGAGGAACCCCAGGUCGAUGGGAAAAGAUUGCCCACGAAUUGGGUCGAUCUGUAACAGAUGUGACAACCAAAGCCAAGCAACUGAAGGAUUCAGUUACCUCCUCCCCAGGGAUGGUUCGACUCUCUGAACUCAAAUCCACAGUUCAGAAUUCCAGGCCCAUCAAGACAGCCACAGCCUUGCCAGAUGACAUCAUCACCCAGCGAGACGCUGCCCAGGGGGCCCAGGAGGAGGACGAGCAGGAGGAGGACCCAGCUGAGCAGGAGGCAGAGGUGGAAGAAGCCCAGCCUCGGAAGCGGAAGCCAGCCCGACCGCUGGACAAGGCCACAAGGGCGGAGUCUGAGGAGAAGGUCCGAGGGAAGAGGCAGAGGGAUUUUGAUUUGUCGGAGCAGAAUGAAUCCAGCGAUGAGGAGAGCCAGAAAAAAGACAGAAACGGUACAGCUGAGGAGCCGUGGACUCAGAAUCAGCAGAAGCUGCUGGAGCUGGCGUUACAGCAGUACCCCAAGGGGUCCUCAGAUCGCUGGGACAAAAUCGCCAAGUGUGUCCCGUCUAAGAGUAAGGAAGACUGUAUCGCUAGGUACAAGUUGCUGGUUGAACUGGUCCAAAAGAAAAAACAAGCUAAAAGCUGAAUAUUCUGGAAGAUGAUGUUCAUCUUCAUUUUCCAAAUGAGUAUUUUUAAAAUCUUAUGCAGAAAUAUGCAUUUUGUACCUCAGUGUUUUCUAUACGUCAUGUGCCUUAGUAAAAUUAAAUAAAUAAGCAAACAAACAAGUGGUGUGCUAUAUUGUUUAAAC